AUGACGAUUCCUUUUCUUUUUCUGUUCAUUGUAGUGAUUCCUAAUAUUCCAGUUGAUGCUCGAUGGACACAGAAUGGAGUGACUGUUGCUGGAGGCCAUGGAUAUGGAGCUGGCAUCAAUCAAUUUCGAAGUCCUCAGAGUCUCUUCAUUGAUGAUAAUCAAACAAUGAUCAUUGCUGACCGCUUCAAUCAUCGUAUCAUCGAAUGGAAGAUGGGUAAUACGAUUGGACAAGUAGUAGCUGGUGGUAAUGGCGAAGGAAAUAGAUUGGAUCAGCUGAAUGAACCGACCGAUGUGUUGAUCGACAAAGAGACUGAUAGUCUCGUUAUUUGUGAUUAUGACAAUCGACGAGUCGUACGAUGGUCUCGUCGUAGUGGCACAAAUCAAGGAGAAAUCCUUCUCGACAACGGAAGUUGUCAUGGAUUAGCCAUGGAUGAUCAGAGAUAUCUUUACAUCUCUGAAGUUGAUAAACAUGAAGUACGACGAUAUCAAAUAGGAGACAACAAUGGAACUAUCGUAGCUGGUGGCGGUGGUCUAGGUUUUGGUCGUAAACGACUCAACUACCCCUACUAUAUCUUUGUCGAUCGACAACAGACUGUCUACGUGUCAGACCACUUCAAUCAUCGUGUGAUGAAAUGGCCUAAAGGUGCAACAGAAGGCAUUGUCGUCGCUGGAGGUGAAAACCAAGGAAAUGCUUCGCCACAAUUGUUGAAUCCUCAAGGACUAUUCGUUGAUACGUUGGGUACUAUCUAUGUGGCAAACUUUCGUAUGAAUCGGGUGAUGCGUUGGCCUGAAGGAGCAAAACAGGGUACUAUCAUUGUGGGUGGAAAUAGCCAAGAAGUAGGAGCAAAUCAAUUGUACGGCCCCAUGGGUUUGUCCUUCGACCAAUAUGGCAAUCUCUAUGUCGUCAAUCAGGACAGUCAUCGUGUUAAACGGUUUUCUAUCGAAUAUACUCAUAAUGAUAAUUAA